GGACUGUUUUUGGUGAAAUUUCUAAUAAACUGAAAAAAAAUGUAGUACUGAAAACCUGAAAUACUUAAUAUUUAAGUACAUUCCACAUCCAAAGUAUAAUGCACUGGCACAUUCUUAUUUUUCACACAAUGUCUCCUUGAAGAAAGUAACAGCAUAGAUGUUUUCUAUUGACUGCUUAAACUUUAAGACAGUGGAAAGUGUUUGUGGAGUAUGUAAUAAAAGGCAUUAAAGGACAAGGAAAGUAUUUUUUUAUAUCCCCCAUACUUUGAAAGCCCACCCCAAGAUGUACCUGAUCGCUAAGUUAAUUUUGGCCAAAUACGUUCCUUUGUCCUGUUCCGCAUCGUUGUAGAAAACUGUAUUAAAUCCUAUUCCGCGCCGACAUUUUCUUUUUGCUUGCGUAAUCAAUAUGGUGCCGGUUGAUCUAUUGCGUAUGCGCCAAAAGUAUUCCGCCCCCCAUGGAUGCAAGCGUGACUGAAAAGCUCGUGCACCAAUUCCCUCUGGCACAGCAACAGCGCAUAAGGGUUGUUUAAUGCGCAUGCGCUGCCUUUGAUCCGCUGAAGCACAGAAUCCACUGUCUGUGUCUGUGUGAAGAACAGAUGCAUCAUGGGAGUUGCCUUCACUGUAGUGUGCGGUUAUUUCAUCAAGCAGCCAGCAGAUGUCACAAACGGCAGUACACACAGAGGAAUUGAAGCAAAGGCUGAAUCCACAAAAGGUGUAGCAGUGUUCAGCCAAGCCAUCCUCAUCCCUGCGUCUGCCGAGGGGGAAGGGCCGGCUGCCUGCUGGGAGUAGUGUGAGCAGAGAACAUUUACAGUCAUCUGCAGAGGAUCAUUGCAGCUACAGAUCCACAGACGUUGUACAUCAAAAAAUAUGUAAAAUACUAUGGAUUUCCCACGAGAUUCAUUUGGUGGGGGAGUGUGCAACGGAUUCCCUUAUGUUCAAAAGAAAAUUUCGAUAGUGUCAGAAUGCCAUGGACAGCAGAUUUUAAGUGUUCUGCAGAACUUCAGAGACCAGAAAGCAUUCUUUGAUUUUAAUAUAAUAGUGAAGGACCAGCUUAUGCCUUGCCAUCGGUGUAUACUGGCAGCAAGCAGCGACUUCUUCAGAGCUAUGUUUGAAGUAAAUAUGAAAGAACGAGAUGGAGGAAGUGUGACGAUCAGCAACCUAUCAUCAAAUGCUGUGGCUGCCUUUCUGGAUUAUGCCUAUACAGGCAAAGCAGAGAUCACAGAUGAAAAUGUGGAUAUGCUCUUCCAAAUGUCGUCCUUUCUUCAGGUGCCGUUACUUUCCAAAGCAUGCUGCGAUUUUCUAAUAAAAAUCAUUGAUAUAAAUAACUGUUUGCAGCUGUUGUCCAUAUCUGAGAGUUACGGGUCAACACGGCUUUUCAAUCAUGCCUUAGAGUUUUCUCUGCAGCAUUUUUCCUUGUUGACACAGUCAACGGAUUUCUUGGAACUGAAUAUCGGGGUUCUUGAAAAAUGUCUUGAAGAUGACUUGCUGAACGUCCCUGAAUAGGAAUCCGCAUUGGUUGCUGUUUUUGCCUGGACCAAACACAGUUUGGAUGAGAGGGAAAGAUUCUUUUCUCGACUAUUAAGAACUGUAAGGUUGCAUCAGUUGUCCCUGUCUACCCUGCGAAAUAUUCUAAUCUCAGAGGACCAGUUAUUAAAAAGCACAGAUUGCUUUUCAAAUAUUAACUCUGCCAUAAAACGUGUAGAAGAUGCUUGUGGAUUAUUUCCAGAUGCCCGUCUUUCUACAACUGAGAAGUAUAUUUUUGUCCACAAAACUGCUGAAGAUAAAGAGAAGCAAUACACUUUUUGUUACAAUUUAAAAAUGGACAAAUGGUUGGAGCUUCCUCACAUACAUUUGCCUGAUCUACCAGGCUCCAGCCUAUCAAGUUAUGGGGAGAAAAUUUUUAUAACUGGGGGGUGUAAAGGACAUUGUUGCAGAGGAGUAAGACUUCAUAUCGCUGAGCCAUAUCACGAUGCUACUGACCAAACUUGGUGCUAUUGUCCAGCAAGCAAUAAUUCCUCUUUAGUCCCUGCCAUGAAGAAGCCGAGGACAAUGCAUACAUCUGUCAUGGCACUCAACCAAUUAUUUGUGAUUGGCGGAAAAACGAAAGGAGCACAAGACAUAAAAAGUCUUUUAGCUGUUGAAUCUUAUAAUCCUCUUGAUAAAGAAUGGAAAUCUGUAAGCCCCUUGCCAAGAGGAAUAUACUACCCUGAAGCAAGUACAUGCAAAAAUGUCAUCUAUGUACUGGGUUCCGAGGUUGAAAUAACUGAUUAUUUCAACCCUUCUCUUGAUUGUUUCUUCAAGUAUAAUACUGAGACAAAUCAAUGGUGUGAGCUUGUAGCAGAGUUUGGGCAAUUUUUUCAUGCAACAUUAAUCAAAGCCGUACCGGUAAAUAAUACAUUAUACAUCUGUGAUCUUUCAACAUACAAAGUAUACAGUUUUUGUCCAGAAACUUGUAUUUGGAAAGGGGAAGGAUCUUUCGAAUGUGCUGGAUUUAAUGCAGGGGCUGUUGGGAUUGAAGAUAAAAUUUAUAUUUUAGGAGGUGAUUAUGCCCCCGAUGAAAUCACAGACGAGGUGCAAGUCUACCAUAGCAACAGAUCUGAGUGGGAGGAAGUCUCUCCAAUGCCACGGGCUCUCACUGAAUUUUACUGUGAAGUCAUUCAAUUCAAUAAAUAUAGGGAUCCCUGGGGAACAAGCCAUUUGUAAACAUAUCUAUUAUGGAUGAAAAAAAAGAAUGACAUGGUAGCAUCGAUUUUAGUUUUGUUUUUUCAAAAGAUUUUUGCAUAUGCUGAAAAAACAUUUUAUAAUUUAACUUGCACUUUACACAAAAUAUUUGUUAACAUGCAUGUAUGUUAUCCAUCAAGAAUAGUUGUGUUUUAUUUGUUAGAUAGAAAUCCCAGUACAUUUGUAAAAUUGUAUGUGUGAUCUGAUAACCCUAAAUUAUUUAGAACAUUACAGUGUGUGAAUAUGUCUAUUUCAUAUUUGCUGCAUGUUAUGAAGUAGAACAUUCUGAGAUAUUUAAAAGCUAUAGCUAUUUGAGUGCCCAACAUUUUUUAGAAUUUGUGUGCCUUUAGCCAAUAACAUGUUCAUAUGUUGCCAACUUUCAAAUGAUACGAAUACUACCAAUUCCUCUUGUUUAAUGCCCAAAUUCCUAAAAUGCACAAGAAAUAUUUAUUCAAAAUUAUAUUUAAAAGGAGAGAAAGAAACCUUGUUUGAAAAUGUUUAGUUUGUUAAAUUACCAUCCCCCACUUGAUAAAAAUUUCCAAUGCUACUUGGAGAGGAACCUUUUUAAGACCAGUUCAUUAAUUUCAAAUAAUUCAUUUGCCACUUCUUAAUUCAUUUAAUGAUUUUAUAUAUAAUCAUAGGAGUACAAUUCUGUGUAUGACAAUUAAUUACUAAAACCUAAAUCAAUUAAUCCAGAUAAUUAUUAAAAAAGUGCAAGUGCUUUAUAAUUGAUUAUGAAUUAAUUAAUAAGUUACGAUUCACAAUUAUUUAAAACAAUUAAUAGAUGGAUUCAAGUAUAAAAACUAAACAUUUCAAACAAGGUUUCUUUCUCUCCUUUUAAAUAUAAUGUUGCCAAUUUUGACAUGGUUUGCAUAAGCAACUUCAAGGGGAUUAUUUACUAAAUUCUGGUUGGGCUUUUUGAGGCAAAACUCAAUUUUUUUGGGUUUCUAUUUUAAAAAUUGAAUUUUUCAAGAUUUAUUAAAGCCGAAUGCAGCAAACGGCCUGAAUCAAAAAAUGUACAAUUUCAGACCUGCUGAGGUGUGUAUACGUCAAUGGCAGAGGUUCCUAUCCUAUUUUGACGUUUCUGUGGUCUGCUCUGGAAUUAGCCCGAAAAUCC